AUGCCGGGAGACAGCGCUCCAGACACCAUGAAAACCCCGGCCGGUCCAGAGAAAAGCCAGCGCCCCGCUGCCACGGUGUUGGACGUCCCCCUGGUCAAUGAGGUCCAGCUGACGGCAGCGACGGGUGGCGCCGAGCUGUCGUGCUACCGCUGCACUGUGCCCUUUGGCGUUGUGGUCCUGAUCGCCGGCGUGGUGGUGACGGCGGUGGCGUACGGUUUCAACUCGCACGGCUCCACCAUCUCCUACUUGGGAUUGGUCCUGCUGUCGGCCGGGUUGGCGCUGCUGGCGGCCAGCGCCGUCUGCUGGAAGGUCCGACUGGAGCGCAAGAAGGAGCGGCGGCGCGAGAGCCAGACCGCCCUGGUGGCCAAUCAGAGGAGCCUUUUCACGUAA